AUGUCGAACCCUCCGUCCGCACAGCCGCACGCAGACCGGUACGUGGUCAUCCACGUAGCCACCACCUGUGACGAGCACGGCGUCUACGUUACAAAGGACUCCGCCGAGGUCAUUGAGCUUGGCUGGAUCCUCUUGGAUGCCAAGUCGCUGGACGAACUUCACCGAGAAAGCGUGCUUGUCAAGCCCAUCAACACGCCCAUCACGCCAUUGUGCACUAGUCUCACUACUCUGACAUGGGAACAUGUCCGAAACGCCGGUACCUUCCGUGACGCCAUCAACCGUUUCGAUGCUUUCGCUUCCGAACACUUGACCUCACAAAACCUCGACUUUGUCUUUGUAACGCUCGAUGCCUGGGAUCUUCGGGUACAGCUCCCCCGUGAGGCGCGGGACAAGUCUACCGUGCUGCCGCCUUACCUGCAGCACUCUCGCACAUUUGACCUCCGUACCGAAUACCAGCGCUGGCAGCAACAUCACCCCGAGUCGCUACCCUUUGGUCCUUCCAUGCUGAGCAACAUCUGCGCCGCGCUCGAAGUUGAGCCCGUCCAGUCUAGCGCCCCGAUCAAGCACAACCUGCCCUUCCACUUGCAAGCCCUGGCACCCGCUUCGCCAAGACGCGCCAUGGAAGAGGCAGUCACCCUCGCACGUGUCCUGCGCGGACUGAUUCGCAAGUCGCAGCCGGCCCAGGAUCACCCGGAUGUCCUGACCCGCCCCAUGGAUGCGCGUGCCGAUGUUCGUGCAUUCUUGUCCGAGAGAAGCAAGGUCCUGCACAUGUCCGGCCUCCCCCACGAUACUACCCAGUCCGAGCUGGAGAGCUGGUUCACGCAGUUCGGCGGACGGCCCAUUGCAUUCUGGACCCUGCGUACACCCGAGCAGCAUAAGCCAACUGGCACGGGCUUCGCGGUCUUUUCGUCUCACGAAGAGGCUGCCGAGAGUUUGUGCAUGAACGGCCGUGCAUUGAACGAGAAGGCUAUCGAAGUGUCGCCAUCUUCCAGCCGGGUCCUUGACCGUGCCGCCGAGAUCCUCACGCCAUUCCCUCCCAGCAAGAACAGACCUCGUCCCGGUGACUGGACGUGCCCUUCUUGUGGCUUCUCCAACUUCCAGCGUCGGACAGCUUGCUUCAGAUGUUCCUUCCCGGCUAUGAACGCAGGACCUCAGGGCGGCGAGGCCGGUAGUGGCGGCGGCUAUGGUGGGGGCGGCGGUGGUGGCGGCGGAUAUGGUGGUGGUGGUGGCGGCGGCGGUGGUGGUUACGGCCAGCCUCCUAUGAUGCCGCCCCCGCAUCACGGCGGACAUCACAACAACAUGGGCCACGGUGGGGGCCGUAUGGGCGGCAGUGGAGUUGUCCCGUUCCGUGCCGGCGACUGGAAGUGCGGCAAUGAAGUUUGUGGCUACCACAACUUUGCUAAGAACGUCUGCUGUCUCCGUUGCGGUGCUAGUCGUGCGGGCGCCGCGGUCGUGGCUGACUCUGGAUAUCCGUCUCCGAUGAACAGCGGCUCCAACUACGGCAUGGACAACAACUCGAUGGGCGGCACGCCCGGCCCUGGUGGUCCUUUCAACCAGGCCCCUGGUCCCGGUCCCGGCCAUGGUCCCUUCGGAGGCUCGGGUGGGUACGGUCAGCACUUUGGCGGCCCUCCGAGCACCUAUGCCUUGCCCUCCGGGAUCGGUGGUGGUGCCGCGCCAUAUCCGUCGCUGAACACUCAUUUCGGUCCUGCUCCGGGUGCACACUCGGCCGGUCCUUUCGACAGCCGUGCCGCGGAGGCUGCGUUUCAGUCGGCAGGCAACGGACCCGCGUCGGCCGGACCAUCGGGCGGCUUCUACUCGUCCCAGUCGGAGAGCGAUCCCUUCGCAUUCCUGUCUUCGGGCAUGGGAGGGCUCUCUGUGAGCGGCAACGACGCCCGCCAGAACGGGGCCAGCGCUCCUCCAAGCAAGUCUCCGGCGUAA